AUGAGACUGGCCCUCCUGGCCUUGAGACUGAUGGUUUUGGCCUGGCUGUGGCCUGUUACUCAGCUCAACAGCAGCACUUUUGCAAACAAGAAACGGCACAAAGAGGUCUAUGUUGGGGAGAACACUAAAGCAAAGCAUGGAGGACGGGUGGAUCUUAAGAUGAAAAAGCUGGACAGCACAAAGUCCCUGCUAAUUAAAUCUGAGCAGCUACUCAGGAUUGAAGAUCAUGAUUUUGCCAUGCGUCCAGGCUUUGGAGGUUCUGCUCUUCCAGUUGGAAUAGACGUCCAGGUGGAGAGCAUUGACAGCAUAUCUGAAGUAAACAUGGACUUCACCAUGACCCUCUACUUGAGGCAUUACUGGCAGGACGAUCGGCUGGCUUUCCCCUCCAGCAGCAACAAAAGUCGAACCUUCGACGCACGUCUCGUCAAGAAAAUUUGGGUUCCAGAUGUGUUCUUUGUCCAUUCAAAACGUUCGUUUAUCCAUGAUACAACUAUGGAGAACAUCAUGCUGAGGGUUUUUCCAGAUGGAAAUAUUCUCUACAGUGUGAGGAUCACUGUGACCGCUCUGUGCUCGAUGGACUUCAGUAGUUUUCCUCUGGACACACAGAACUGCUCUCUGGAGCUGGAGAGCUAUGCUUACAAUGAGAACGACCUAAUGCUCUACUGGAAAAACGGGAACGAUUCAUUAAGGACUGAUGAGAUAGUGCUCUCUCAGUUUUUUAUUGAAGACUUCCAGCCUUCCUUUGGGCUUGCCUUCUACAGCAGCACUGGUUGGUACAAUCGACUCUACAUAAACUUCAUCCUAAGGAGGCACAUUUUCUUCUUCAUGCUUCAGACCUACUUUCCCACCAUGCUGAUGGUGAUGCUGUCAUGGGUGUCUUUCUGGAUAGAUAGGAGAGCCGUACCUGCUCGUGUCUCAUUGGGCAUCACCACUGUUUUGACCAUGUCCACCAUCAUCACCGGUGUCUCUGCCUCUAUGCCACAAGUGUCUUACGUCAAAGCCGUAGACAUCUACUUGUGGGCAAGCUUCCUGUUCGUCUUUUUGUCCGUCAUCGAGUACGCUGCUGUCAACUAUUUCACCACGGUGGAGGAGAUGAAGAAGCUGAAGAAUGCUAAGGUCCCAUUCAAUUUUCAUAACUUCGAUACCACCCAAGCCAUGGCCUUUGAUGGGUGUUUCCACGACAACGACAUUGACCUGGUUUCUUUCCCAGAGGUCUCCAUCACCCCGAACACAGACAGAAACACUCAGUCUCGUAACUCCACCGUUUCUGCACCCACAGAGGGAACCAGGCUCCGUCGCAGGAACACACUGAAGUACAACCUGAGCUACAUCAGGAGCAACAGUUACAUGAUUGACUCGUAUUCUAGAGUCAUCUUCCCCAUGGCUUAUCUGCUCUUCAACAUCAUUUACUGGAGUUUGUAUGCUUAGGACAUUUGUUAAAAAGACUUACUAAGUACCAUAAAUGCUGGUCUAUCCUGCCAUGAUGACGUUUUGUUUGCACAGUGUUUGAUGCUGAGCAUUAAUGUCUUUUAUGAUCUCUCAGAUUCAAACAGCUGAGUUCAGCUGUUGCAGCAAAUUCAGUGCUGACCUUGUACAUUGGAAUCCUCCACAAAGGUGUGUAAAACACACCAGGUGUGUCCAGGAUUUAUUGGACACACCAA